AUGGAGUCUGUACGCCAGUCGUGCCGGCCGAGGCACCAGCUUUUGACGCUCAAGUGCUACCCCAAAUUCCAAAAGGGUGUGCCGGAGGUCAAGCCCAACCCCAGCGAGCUUUCAUACUUGCUGUAUUAUGCGAGCACGCGUCGCAGCAAGCUGACCAAGGUCGGCGCUUUUCUCGAGAAACGGGUGGCCAAGGACGUUUGGAGGCGCAGACUGGGCAAUGUUCAGGUCGCUCUUCAUAUUUUGACCGCGCUCAUCGAGAAAGUCCCUCGCGACCUCCCCAUCUACGCGCGCUCUGUCCUGAUUGUCAUCGAAACUAUCUUGCGAUCGAACGAUAUUUCCCUGGUCGAGGAUUCGAUCGCCACCUUUGAAACAUUCUGCCGGCAUCAGGAACUCGCGACCAUUGCCGCAGACCAGGGUCUCGCUCAGAAGUAUCGGGAAGUUGUGCGAACGUAUGCCAGUUUCGCCGAUCCAUCCUCCCCAUCUUACUCCUCCGCCAAAAUCAGUCCCGCAGUCGCCAUUCGGUGGAGAAAUGCCGGACUCCGUGCGAUCAAGGGUGUGGUCAGCUCAAAAAGUCUUGCCGCAGACGGUGGCACCUCCCUAAAGAUCAUCCUGCCGGUCAUUUUGGAGAACCUAUACUCGCCAAAUGAAGACAUUCUCGUGCCACUGAAAGCCAGGCUGGAAGACACAAAGGAGGUAGAUAAGGUGGAACGUGAUGGGAACCUCAAUCGGCGCAUGAGUGUCAACACGGUGCACACGGUGCACACGGUUGAGGCAGCGAACGGAGACCCUGCACUGGCAGCCCAAUCGACCGCUGAUGUUGACCGACAGGCGGAGAUGGAUGCGCGAUUUUUGGCUCUUCGGAGUCUCGAACAAAUCAUUGUCUCGGGAAGCAACCGUGGUCAAAUACGCGUUGCGGCGACAGUCAUCCUUCAAUUUAUCGCCAACAAGCGUUUCCCGCGGGCUGUCACUGGGGACGAGCCACGCGCCCAGCCGGGUAACUGGGCCACCUCUUUGAUUGAGCUCAUUGCAACUUGGUGCCCCGUACAGGUUCGAUUCGUGAUUGUGAUGACGGCCAUGGAGACUUUGCAGGAGACGACCUACAAGGAGGACGGUUUGGAAUCGGCGUUUACGAUCCUGUCCGUCGUGGACUGGCUCUUGAAGUCUUCAGUGAACAUGAUUGGAUUGAGUGUUAUGGAUAUCUUGUUUGGUCUCAUGCAAUACGCCUCGGACAUCUUAUCGCCCCAAGACAAUGCUGGGGAUAAAGAGAAGAGUUCUGAACAAAAUUCUGACGCUGCAGUUUUUCUCUCUGCCCGGAGAAAGGGUCUACUUUCUCUUCUGGAACAGUGCAUCGGCAAUUUAGCGACCCAUAUUUACUAUGGCGACCAAGUCGCCGACAUGAUGCGGGCUAUCCUGCGGCGCUUCAAGCCCGCGCCGACUCAGGAAAAUAAUGUGCAGUCUUCUUUGGCUACCGUCCAUGAGACUGGUGCUGCGCCCGUGGUCCACACUAAUUUCAACCCUGAGAGCAAUGGAGAGAAAGCCCGGGGCGAGACGUUUUCGCGUUCUGAGGCUAAACUGACUGCCCUCCGAGCCGUCAAGGCCAUUCUCAUUGUGUCAAACCUUCGGGCGCCUACUGUUGCAGCUGCCUCUGAAACAAGGAAUCAAGUUGGUAUUCAUGUGUGGGAAGGAACACAGGGACUUCUCGGAGACUCCGACCGUGAGGUUCGCCACGCUUAUGCCGAAGCCUUCUUGGCGUGGCUACAACUCGAAACGAAUAAGCAGGACCUCAAGGUGAAGGUAGACACCCCGAAGUAUAUCAAACAGACAUCAAAGCGUGAUUCAGAGCAGGCGGAAAAGCCAAACCGACGGAGCACUUCGGUUCCAAGAAAUCAGAGGGAGACGAUGGCUCUUGCAGCGCAGUCGAACUUUCUUCGCCUCUUGCACCUUGCAAUCUACGACUCUGCCCUGGAACGGGCCACAGUUGAAUCUGAAGUCCUUCUUUUGCACCUUCUACUUGCCAAUCUUGUCGAAAAUCUCGGUGUCAACGCGGUACAAUUUGGUCUCCCCAUGGUUAUGAAAAUGCAAGAUGAUCUCUUUACUUCAGUCGACCUGGGAACAUCCAGGGCGCGCAUCAACAUUGGAAGCUUGGUCCACGGGCACUUGUUGGCCCUCUGCGAAAAGUUCAACCUCGAGUCCACUCAUGCUGGAGUGGAAAUCCGCAACGAGAUUGGAAAGCGACAGAGCAAGGGUCAAUGGCUCUCUAGGGUUAAGCUGCCUCCGGCUGGCCUCGACGCUAUCGUGGUGGACGAUGAAAAGAUUCCCGACGAUGAUCCAGAACCGUCAAUUUCGUUUACACCCUUUCAAAAUCUUGACGACCUUGUCGAUGGGAUGGACGAGUCCUAUCGCGAAACAGUCUCAUCACCCCCACAAAGCCCAUCAAGCUUACCGGCGCGAGGGUUCAGUUUUCCUGUUCUCAAUCACAGUCAGGCUGUACAGUCGCAUGUUGAAAACGGUCUUCCUUCAUCUGUUAGGGAAGAGCUGUUCUCCUCUUGGUCUCGAGAAUCCUGUCUGGCCGCUGUCGAGAAGGAAAGCAUCAAAACAUUAUCCAUUAGCGGUUCUCGCGUCGGCACUAUGACUCGCGUCAGUCAACAAAAUGGUGCUGCGAACGGCUCGCCUGCUGGCUCGGCUUCGCCGAAAGACCGCCACAUGAAUGUCCCUGAGAUUUAUGGCGACUUCUCGCGAACCCCAGAUCAAAGCCCCCACCGAGGGUCUCCAGUUCGCGUAACACAGCUACGCCGCGUGCUCUCGGUCAAGGACGGUUCCUCCCCUCGGCAUCCCAGCCCUCUGCGGGGUGCAAAUGGGUCGAAUAUCAGCGUCAUCUCUUCAGGCAGCGAAAGUAUGGUCAGCGGUACCUACUCCGCCUCGGAGAUGGAUGGGGGCGAUGCAUCGAUUCACGAAGAAGGGCAGCAAACCCCGGAACAAGACGGACAAGAAACGCCUCGUGCACCAGCAUCAGCGAUCGCUCUUUCGGGGGGAGAGACUCCCACAGACACUCAAUUGGCGCUGAGUCGGACGAACUCCGAAGAAAUUCCUCCUGUCCCACCCAUUCCUUCCAACCUGAACAUUCCGGGUGGCUUUCCAAAUGACUCGCAGCGGUCUUUGCUCAUCGAUCGUCCAUCCACGGCUCCCGAUACUUCAAAACUCACCUCGCUCAAUGGCAAAUCAGAGUACCGCCAAUCUCGGAACAGAACUCUGAACCGCAACAUGAGCCGCUCCAACCAUAGUCUUUCUGCGGGGAUCUCGGAUGCUUUCCAGGGUGCGCAAAUCAAUGGAAAUGAUUCUGCUUUCGAUAACAACCAGCGGGAUCAGCUGAGAAAGCUUCUGGACGGCUUCCUAUCUUCCGACGGCGACAUCCUGGCCAACGAGGACCGCCCAGCCACCGCAAUUGACCCCUCCAAGACACCACUGGGAGGCUAUUCCAACCAACGCUCAGUCAGUGGCGGCGGCAUCGGACGGCCUCCAUACUAA